GUUCCGGUUCAGGCCGUGGUGUCAGAGCAGCACAAAACCGAGAGCCGAGACCGUGCUCUCCUCGAUCCAUUCGAGCACGGCGUCAGCGGACGCGGACGGGAGGAAGCAGCAGGUGGCGGCUCCCCCUCCCCUCCUCGCCACCGAUCGACGCCGGUCGGGGCCGCCUGCUCGCGGAGGACGCCGAUCGGGCCCGGACGGCGCAGCUCGCGGCGACGCGCCCCGUCGUUCUGCUCCUCUCCUGCGUCGCCGGUGGGGCCGCCCUUUCCUCGCCGCUGACGCGCUCUGUCGCUCGCCCCGCGCGCCGCCGCUGGAGGCCUCUGCUAGCAGCUGCUCCUGCCGCUGGGCUACCCGUGCACCGAGUACACCUUUUAUGUGAAGAGGAGAGCAGUUGGUAUCUAGGGAUGAAGGACUGUGUGAUCAGCAAAGAUGGCAGAUUUCGGCCCACCAAAUCAGUUUUCAAAUGUUGCACAUAAAUUAGUGUACGACCAGAACAGGGAGUCAGUCCUUUUUGUGAAAGUGCUCAGAAGGCCACACUGUCAUCAGAGGGUUAUCAACUACCUUACAAAGAAUCUCAAAAAGACAGCAGCACAAGCAGAUGCUAUUGUUUCAACCCCUUUUUGUGCUACAGGAUUCAUCAUUAAGCAGGAUGAGGAUCAUACUUUCGUGUUGACCUGUUGUCACCUGCUUAAGGAAUUCUACACAAACGAUGAAGUGCUCACCCUGCUGGCUAGUAUGUUUAAGUUCAUGAUCGUCUGCUGCCACAAUGAAAUCUACAUGGAAGAGAACUAUCCUGACCUGUACAAUCUGGAUCGCGAUCCAAGGAACUACACGAAAGCACAAGUUGUCAAACUUGACCAAAGCAGAGACCUGCUGCUUCUUCAGAUCGAUCUGGCGGAUCUUCAUGGUACUCUGUAUGCUGAUCAUUGCCUAUAUCCCCAUCCCCCACUACAGCUUGCCAAACACCAGUCCGCACAGCUUGAUGAUGUCGUCAUGAUAUCAUGGCCAUCUCUUCGCCGAGGUACAGUUGUUAUUGGGCAGGUUGUGAAUCAUCGCAGUUACAGUCAGAUCACAGCAGACCGAUCGAUGGGCUACAAUAUGGAGCUUGUUGAGCUAAAUAUCAUUGGCGAGAAAGGAACCUCUGGUUCACCUAUACUCAACCUUAGUGGUGACGUCGUGGCUUUGUACCAUGCGCGCCUCAACGGGAAAGGUUAUGCUGUUAGUCUAGCAGAGAUCUAUGCUUUCAUAUAUAAUUGAACUCUUAGGCCCAAAAAGGUUUAAGAAUGAGGAAGGGAGAGAUAAACAAGUUUCAGAAGGCUCUUAGUGUUCUCUAGUUCAAACAAAGGGGCCUCUUAGGUGGUAUCAAUGCAUCCAAAGGAUAUUGCCAAGUUAUUUCAGGUAGAGGCUGAUAGAAAGUUAGCUGAAAACUUACAACAACUAGAAGGUAGGAAGGCGGGAUCCAUAUCUAAAUGCUGCUCAGAAAAGUUUGGUUUUCAAGGAAAGUAACUCUGAGAUUGAGAUCAAAGAGAAAGUUACUGACAACUAAUUCAGGUAGAAGCUGAUAGAAAGUUAGCUGACAAAUUACAACAACCAGAGGAUAGGAAACUGGGUAUUCAUAUUUGCAUCCUGUUGUAUGGAUAUGAAAGGGCCAAUUUUGGGGUUCUAUGCUGUUGUUCAAGAACAUGAUGUGUUGUCACACAGGAUGUUGACGUUUUGUCUUCUGUUGUAAAUAGACCUGUCGAUGCGUAA